AUGUUGAGUGUGUUGGGUCUUGUCUUUGGAGUAGAUGAGGAUGUCAUCAAGAUAAACAAAGACAAACACCUGAAGAAAAUCACGAAGAACAUCAUUGACAAGGGCCUGGAAAACUGCUGGGGCAUUGGUCAACCCGAAUGGCAUGACCAGGUAUUCGAAAUGCCCCAAAGGGGUCUUAAAAGCAGUCUUCCACUCGUCUCCUUCGCGGAUGCGGACGAGAUGGUAGGCGUUACGGAGAUCGAGUUUAGAGAGGACACGAGCGUUUUCAAGUGUUCGGUUUCCAGGGAGACCGAGUGCAGCCGUGUGGGAAAACAGUCGUUCAUCAUCACUCUGGGCUGCAACAGUGUCCUCCUACAGUUCUCAUCACCUGCAGACUUUCAGUCCUUUUAUAACCUUCUGAAGAACUGUCGGGGGCACCUUGGUGAGCACUCAGUUUUUAGUGAAAGAACAGAGGAGUCCUCUGCUGUACAGUAUUUCCAGUUUUACGGCUACCUCUCCCAGCAACAAAACAUGAUGCAGGACUAUGUUCGAACAGGGACUUAUCAACGGGCUAUUCUUCAGAACCAUACUGACUUCAAGGACAAGGUGGUGCUGGAUGUGGGCUGUGGCUCGGGGAUCCUGUCAUUCUUUGCUGCCCAAGCUGGAGCCAGGAAGGUCUAUGCUGUGGAGGCCAGCACCAUGGCGCAGCAUGCUGAGUUGCUGGUGAACAGUAACCGCCUGGGGGAGCGUGUAGUGGUCAUCCCGGGGAAGGUGGAGGAGGUGACGUUGCCAGAGCAGGUGGACAUCAUCAUCUCAGAGCCCAUGGGCUACAUGCUAUUCAAUGAACGCAUGCUGGAGAGCUACUUGCAUGCCAAGAAGUUCCUUAAGCCCAGUGGUAAAAUGUUCCCCACCAUUGGAGAUGUGCACCUGGCCCCCUUCACAGAUGAACAGCUCUAUAUGGAGCAGUUCACCAAAGCCAACUUCUGGUAUCAGCCCUCCUUCCACGGUGUGGACCUGUCUGCUCUGCGGGGGGCUGCAGUGGACGAGUAUUUCCGUCAGCCAAUUGUGGACACGUUUGAUAUUCGCAUCCUGAUGGCCAAAUCAGUCAAAUACACAGUGAACUUCUUAGAGGCCAAAGAGGAGGAUCUCUACAGGAUAGAGAUUCCCUUCAAGUUCCACAUGAUGCACUCAGGCCUGGUGCACGGCCUGGCGUUCUGGUUUGAUGUGGCGUUUAUGGGCUCAGUGAUGACAGUGUGGCUGUCCACAGCACCCACAGAGCCCCUGACCCACUGGUACCAGGUCCGCUGUCUGCUGCAGUCUCCCCUCUUUGCCAAGGCUGGGGACACUCUGUCCGGCACUGCCAUGCUGGUGGCCAACAAGAGACAAAGCUACGACAUCAGUAUUGUUGCCCAGGUGGACCAAACAGGAUCAAAGUCCAGUAACCUUCUGGACUUGAAGAAUCCCUUUUUCAGGUACACAGGCACCACCCCCAACCCCCCACCUGGCUCACACUACACCUCCCCUUCGGAGAACAUGUGGAACACAGGGGCGGCCUACAACAUGAGUCAGGGGAUGGCUGUAUCAGGGAUGCCUGCAGCUUAUGACCUCAGCACAGUCAUUGGCAGUGGCCCCGCAGUGUCUCACAACAACCUCAUUCCUUUAGUGAACACUGGCAUUGUAAACCACACUCACUCCAGGAUGGGCUCCAUCAUGAGCACAGGAAUUGUUCAAGGAGCCACCACAGGCCAGUCGGGCCCCAGCAGCAGCGGUACUUACUAUCCUAUCACCAACCAGUUCACCAUGGGGGGUGCUGCCAUCUCCAUGGCUUCACCUAUGGUCAUCCCCAGCAACACCAUGCACUAUGGCAGUUAAGAUGAAGAUCAAGGACCUGUUUGAGCUCCCACACCCCACCCUGCAUGACAAGAAGUCCUCCUUCUAACCCUGAUGGAGCCAACAACCAAAACCAGUAAACCAAAACCAGUGCUGUGCUGCAUUUUCUUCUUUGGUCCUGCUUCAGUCCAUCAGUAGAUGAACAACUGAACAGUCUCAUAUCCGUCCAGACACGUCCACCCCCACCACCUCUGUUUGGGUCUGUUGGAACUUUACUGCUAUCUGAGACCCUCUACAUACUUAUCCUGUUUUUAAUGUGUCAUGAGCCUCUGGAACCAGCAUCAGUCCAUACCCACCAUGCUCCUGUGUAACAAUGACUCUGACGCUCCUCAUCUUGUUUACAUUGUGAAUUUAGUUUUCAGGUCUGGUCUGCAACUUUGUCAGCGGCUUGAUUCAGACAAAUCAACUUUUCAUCAGGAACAUC